GUUGGUAGCGGGUCCACUAUCACUGCUCUUUUUUUUCCACACUAGCCACCAAGAGUUCGUCUGUUCAACUCAUAUAUUAACGAAUAUUUAGCCCCCUGGAGCAUAUCAACUUCUUGACUUUUCUCUUUCCUUCUUUCUCUUUUACACAUACAUAUAUGGCCAGCGUGAAAAAACAUCAUACUGCCGCUGACACCUSUCCACCGCUGGCGUAUUGUUUGCGGUUAAGUCAUCACUCGUGCAACCACCGAACAUUACCACCGGCAACCAGCGCUGGCUUUUAUAUUCUCUGCAACCGGCGCGCUUGUCUUCAGUUGUUACUUUUGCAUUUAAGCGCAUAGUCAAUAGUCACGGGAAAUAAAAUCUGCGAAAAUCAUUGUCGGCAACUAUCCUCUCGUUAUACAGUGUAUUUGUGUUGUCACGAAGCCUCCGUUAAGAAGUGACAUUUAUAAAAUAAAAAAUAAUCUUGGCAAAAAUGCGUGCUUUAUUCCUUACAAUCAGUAUCCUCUGCCUUUUGGUAUUGAAUGUCUCAAGUGAUGAUAAAAACAAAGAACAGAGUAAUGCAGAAAUCUGGCAACAAGACUUAUCGGACACCUUCAAAAUAGAAGGGUCAGAUCAGGGUAUACAAAAGGUCAAUCUCAAGUGCGGUUCCAAUUCUAUGAACGUUAUGCUGGAGACGGAGAAACCUUUCUCUGGCGUGAUGUAUACACGUGGCAGUUUUUAUAAACAAAGUGAACCUUGCUUUGUUAAGCCAAGUACACAAACUUCACGUACUUUGGAGAUGAAUUUCCAAUUGGACCAAUGUCAAACGCUGAAGAAUGGCGAACUCUACUCUAAUAUUGUUGUCAUACAAAAUGAUCCUGAGCUGAUUACACCUGGUGAUUCGGCAUUCUCGCUGGAAUGUGAUUUCCGUCAGCCGCGAAAUUUGGAUGUGGAAGCAAAUAUGCAAACUCGUGACAGAGUUGCACGCGGUUCCAAAAUCACACUUACAAGUCCAGACCCUUCAACAGCARCGUCCGACUUGAACAUUUCAUAUCAAAGUGACACAGACAGCGUGGAAUAUGUGCCAAGACAACAAAAUGCAACCGAUAACCAAGGAGACGUUAUACAUGAAGCUGAGACGGUGCGCUUGGGUACGGUGGAGGAAGUAACAUAUACCCUUGAGAAGGACGAACUUUAAUAGAGAAUUAGUGGUUUAGUAUUUCCAUGCAAUCUGACAACAUAAAUCACUGAACAUUCACAACAAAACAUGUACCCAAAUUAAUUAUAUUUUAUACACAAUACACUUCUUGUUUCAAACACCAGUCCAAAUGGACGUAACGAAACGGAGGUGAAAUCGUGAAAUUCCAUUCUGCAGAAUACGACACUUUUGGACAAUGCAAUUCCAAUUCAUUCAGUUUCCAUAUACAUUUUAAGUUAAUUUUAAAAUACAUAUGUUCAAGGUAAAAGAACUGUAAAUUAAUAUAAAUCCUGUGAUAUGUUUUGAAGAUGAUUGGUAUAUUAAAAUAUAUAAUUUCAUUUGAUUUA